CACCCCGCCCGCCUCCGCCGCGGGAUUGCCAAAAUGAGGGCCGUUCUGGAGCCGGCCGACAUCGCCAUCGUGGCCCUGUACUUCGUGCUGGUGCUGUGCAUCGGGUUCUUCGCCAUGUGGAAGUCGAACCGGAGCACGGUGAGCGGCUACUUCCUGGCGGGGCGCUCCAUGACCUGGGUGGCCAUCGGGGCCUCCCUGUUCGUCAGCAACAUCGGGAGCGAGCACUUCAUCGGGCUGGCGGGCUCCGGCGCCGCCAGCGGGUUUGCCGUGGGGGCCUGGGAGUUCAACGCCCUGCUGCUCCUGCAGCUCCUGGGCUGGGUCUUCGUGCCGGUGUACAUCCGGUCCGGGGUGUACACCAUGCCCCAGUACCUGGCCAAGCGCUUCGGCGGCCACCGGAUCCAGAUCUACUUCGCGGCCCUGUCGCUGCUCCUCUACAUCUUCACCAAGCUGUCGGUGGACCUGUACUCGGGAGCCCUGUUCAUCCAGGAGUCCCUGGGCUGGAACCUGUACCUGUCGGUCAUCCUGCUGAUCGGCCUGACGGCCCUGCUGACGGUGACCGGCGGCCUGGUGGCGGUCAUCUACACGGACACCCUGCAGGCCCUGCUGAUGAUCGCCGGGGCGCUGACCCUCAUGGUCCUGAGCCUGAUGGAGGUGGGCGGCUUCGAGGAGGUGAAGCGGCGGUACAUGCAGGCCGCGCCCAACGUGACGGCCAUCCUGCUGACCCACAACCUGUCCAACACCAACUCGUGCCUGGUCCUGCCCAAGCCAGACGCCCUGAAGAUGCUGCGGGAGGCGGGCGACGAGGACGUGCCCUGGCCGGGCUUCAUCCUGGGCCAGACGCCGGCGUCGGUCUGGUACUGGUGCGCCGACCAGGUGAUCGUCCAGCGGGUCCUGGCUGCCAAGAGCAUCGCCCACGCCAAGGGGUCCACCCUGAUGGCGGGCUUCCUGAAGCUCCUGCCCAUGUUCAUCAUCGUGGUCCCCGGGAUGAUCUCGCGCAUCCUGUUCGCCGACGAGCUGGCCUGCAUCAACCCGGAGCACUGCCUGCAGGUGUGCGGGAGCCGGGCCGGCUGCUCCAACAUCGCCUACCCCCGCCUGGUCAUGAAGCUGGUGCCCGUGGGGCUGCGGGGCCUGAUGAUGGCCGUGAUGAUCGCCGCCCUCAUGAGCGACCUGGACUCCAUCUUCAACAGCGCCAGCACCAUCUUCACGCUGGACCUCUACCAGCUGGUCCGCAAAGGGGCCAGCUCCCGGGAGCUGAUGGUGGUGGGCCGGCUCUUCGUCGCCUUCAUGGUGGUCGUCAGCAUCGCCUGGGUGCCCAUCAUCGUGGAGAUGCAGGGGGGCCAGAUGUACCUGUACAUCCAGGAGGUGGCCGACUACCUGACCCCGCCGGUGGCCGCCCUCUUCCUGCUGGCCAUCUUCUGGCGGCGCUGCAACGAGCAAGGGGCCUUCUACGGCGGCCUGAUGGGCUUCGUCCUGGGGGCCAUCCGCCUCACCCUGGCCUUCGCCUACCGGGCCCCGGAGUGCGACCGGCCGGACACGAGGCCGGCCCUCGUCCGGGACGUCCACUACAUGUACGUGGCCGCAGCCCUCUUCUGGAUCACGGGCCUGGUGGCCGUGGCCGUCAGCCUCCUCACGCCGCCCCCGGCGCCGGAGCAGAUCCGCACCACCACUUUCUGGUCCACCCUGGGCCCCGCGGCAGCGGCGGCGGCGCCCGGGGGGGGCGGCAAGGGGGAUCCCCCCUACCGGGCCCGGGAGAAGGGCCCCGACCGCGCCGGCGGCGUCCCCAACGGCAAGGCCGAGGAGGGCCUCGGGGGCGUCCGGCCCGAGGACGUCAACCUGCUGGCCGCCUGCCGGGAGGACGCUCCCGCCGCCCCCGCCUCGCUCAGCCCCUCCGAGGCGGAGACCCCGGUCGACUCCUACUCCAACGGGCAGGUGGCCCUCAUGGGCCACAGGGCCCGGGGGAGGGAGCCCGCCGGGCCCGGGGACCGGUACUGGAAGUUCGUCGACUGGUUCUGCGGCUUCCGGGGCGACAGCCCGAGCCCCAGGGGGCACAGGGACGAGGCGGCGGCGGCGGCGGCAGACGGAGAGGCCGCCUGUUUACAGAUGCUGGAGGAGACGCCCAGGGUCAAGCCGCUGCUCAACGUCGGGCUCUUCUCCGUGUGUCUGCUGGGGAUCUUCAUGUUCGUUUAUUUCUCCCUGUGAGCGGACGCCCAGCUCCUCGAGGGCGAGACCAAAACGCCGACUUCGACAGAUGUAGAUGUUGCAUCUCUCAGGCAUUGUUUACGCUCUAGGUUUUAGCCAGAUUUUUUCCGUAGAAGAGAAAAAGAGGGGGGGAAAAAAAAAUCGUCGCCUACCCGAGAGACGUUUUUAUCUACCCAGAGAUGGCUUGAGAGUUAACCUCCGGCUACGUGAAGCAGAACGUGUUUUAUCCUCCUGAAGUUGUGCGGAUGUCGUGUUGAGAUUUCUGUUUCAGUUUUUGUUUUCGAUACCAAAGUAGGGGAAAACGUUCACAUUUUGGCAUGAUCGGAUGAAAGAACCCAGACCCGCUACCAAGAGAGCUUUCAGAGUACCGUAAAACACGAACCGGUAGUUAUGUUGACACUGCCAAGUCUGGGGAAGGUCGUUUGGUUUUGUUUUGAUCAUUUUUCUUUCCCAAACCCAAGACAGC